AUGGUCAAUGUGCCAAUACUUGAGUAUCUUUUUAUCCGAGAUUAUUGCUUGCCUUCCUAUGUGCUAAAGAACCUAACCUCAUUGGUUAAAGCAUAUGUUAAUGUUGGAGACUGCUGGAGUGUCGAAGACUGCUGGAGAGGAGAACUCUCAUUAUGUUCAUAUCUUAUUAAGGCUUUCGACUAUGCUGAUGACGGUGAACUGCCUUUAUUUUCUAAUUUGAUUCGUUUGGAGCUGAAUGUUGAAAAUUGCUAUGGCUGGAAACGUCUAUUACACUUGCUCAAAAGCAUGCCUAGCCUGGAAUAUCUUGUUUUGAAGAAAUUGAAGAUAAAUAAACAUCAGUGUCAACAUAAUGAUUCCAAGGAUUUCAAAUUUGUUGAACCAGAAGUGGUGCCUUGUUGUCUGUCUAUUCAUGUUCAAGAAAUUGAAAUUACCGGAUUUCAGGGGCAGAGUUGUGAGCUGGAGCAGAAGCUGAUAGAGUAUUUUUUGAGAAAUGCUAAAGUAUUGCGAAAGAUGACAAUUAACUCCUGUAAUUCCAGAACAACAUCAAGAAAGGGAGUUUCUCGAUAA